AUGGACUUGUUAGCCAGAGACCAGACCACCACGUAUGUGCCGCCAAAUGACGUCAUUAAAACCAGCACGCCAGAAAUGAAGGUAAACUACACUAUAUUCUGCCUGUACAGCGUGGGCUCGGCCAAUGAGAAAUUGGCGCUCCAGAUCAUGACUUGUUACGCCAACCCUGCCCUAGCAAUUGUGGGGUUCGGCGCCAACAUGCUCUGCAUUGAAAUUCUUCGACGCAGUGGCCUGAGAAAACCUUCAAACAUAUUUCUCCUGAGUUUGGUCGUAGCAGACAGCAUGAGCCAGCUGCAGUCCAUGAAUUUCGGAGAGGUUCUGAUGUUCUGGGGCCCAGACCAAAAGCACUCGGAACUUUGUGGCUGGCAGUACGGGGAAACGGUAGACUUCUUUCUGUUUGUUUCCACGGUCGUCAUCUACGUCCUUGGGGGGCUCGGGGGCUGCGUCAAUACCUUCGUCCCUGUUUUGAUUACCGCGGAGCGUAUGAUCGCGGUUUUCUUCCCUAUUACCUUCAAGAAAAUCGUCACUACAAAGACAGCAGUUAUAGCCGCGUUCAUUGCGUACGCUGUCUGGAUCCCAUGGGUUCUCACGUUUUCAACCUUGUAUCAGUUCUACAGGAUUCCGAUCUACAAUAAGGACUAUUAUUCUUUUGUGGCGUUAGGGAUGAAGUACUUCAAAAACAGACCUUUAUACGACUUACUAAACCAUUACGUGUUUCAAGUCUUUUCAAGCUGGGUUCCGGUCGCCAUUGUCUCCGUGGGCUGCACUUUUAUCGGGGUGAAGGUCUUCUACACCCUGAGACUACGUAAAAGGAUGACUUCUAAAAAUAUCUCCAUCCACUGGUCACCCCGGACAACUAGAACCUUGCUACUGACCUGCCUCGUCUUCACCGUCACUAAUUUAUCGAUUUCUUUUCUGAACUUUUAUAUUCUGUCCGGGUUUAAACAGAACAUAUGGUUCUUGAUUGGUUCAGAGAUCACCUAUUUCAUUACAUUGAUUGGGUCUUCCAGCAAUUUCUUUGUGUAUAUAACGUCCAAUCGAAAGUUGAUGAAGAUAUUUCUUGAUAUUGUCCACUUCCGUAAGCACACGUCUGCAGUGUUUUGA